AUGCAGAGCGCCGGCGUCGCGUCCGAUGCACGCGCACAUGCGUCGUCCGGCGCGAUGCUUGCGCUGUUGUGCGUAUUGUGGUACCUGAGCUCUGCACUCUCUUCGAAUACGUCGAAAGGCCUGCUCUCUGUGGGCCACCGGCGCGCGGACCCGGCGGAGCGCGCGCUUUUCCCCUACCCCAUGACGCUGACGCUUGUGCAUUUUGUGUUUGUGAAUGUGUUCUGCUACCUGGGAACGUGCCGCUCGCUCCUGCGGAGCUACACGCUUGCGCGGCGGCUUGUGCGGAUAAGCUGGGCGCAGCAGCGCGAGGUUGCGCAGAUCAGCGUAUUUAAUGUCGUGGGACACGCGCUGAGCUCGCUCGCGAUCAGCCGCGUGCCCGUGAGCAUGGUACACACGAUCAAAGCGCUGUCACCGUUAUUUACGGUGCUGUCGUACGUGUACCUAUUUAAUGUAUCGUACUCGUCCCAAAUCUACGUCUCGCUGGUGCCGCUCAUGCUCGGCGUUGUGCUCGCGUGCAGUUCGCUUUCGAGCAGCGCGGACGACGUCGUGGGCUUUGCAGCGGCGCUCGGCAGCACCUUUAUCUUUGUCGUGCAGAACAUCUAUUCGAAGAACCUGCUCAAGCCCGCGGCGGUGCAGACAGCCGCACCGAUGAAACUGGACAAAAUUAAUAUCAUGUUCUACUCGAGUGCAUGGUCCAUCGUGCUGAUGCUCCCGCUGUGCAUCUACCACGACAUACCACGCAUGGCGGCACAAGCGCGUCCACUCACGCUCCAUGCUCUAUACCUUUUGUUCGCAAACGGCGUGGUGCACUUUGCACAAAACUUGCUCGCCUUCCAAGUCCUCGCACACGUCUCGCCGGUCACGUACAGCAUCGCGAACCUGUUUAAGCGUGUGUUUGUGAUCCUCAUUGCCAUUGUAUGGUUUGGGCAGUCGGUGACGCACAUGCAGUGGGUAGGCAUUGCACUCACGUUCCUUGGCCUGUACCUCUACAACCAGGCCAAGAUUGGAACGCAGGCGCCACGCGAAGCAGACACAUUGCCGAUGCACGAGACCCGCAACCCGAUCUCGCGGCACGCCCUGCUCCACCUCGGCGCGCGCGAAGAUGUGCAGGCGCAGGCGCGUGCCCGGCCUCGUCUCGCCAACUUCGCGUCCGACACGGCCACGCGUUAUUUUUCGCUUCCCCCGCAAUAG